UUCUUUUAGUUGAUCACAAAAUUCUAUGUAAAUAUUUCAUCUACUUCAGAACAUUUAACGAAAUUAAUAAACAAUUUUUAUGGGACCUAAAAGUACACACCCUGUAAAAUUCAAGCUUUUAUUUCAAUCAUCUAAAUUAAAUUUAUUUUGUCAUUGGUUAAGUGGUUUCCAAUCAAUGACGUUAAAACUAUCCGACGUGUCCUUUUACACAGUUAUGCAAAAUUGGAGUACCAUUAUCAACCGUGGACAUUCGUAUUAUUGUCAUAUCUUUUGUGUGUCAACAUGAUAUCGCUACAUGAUAUUUAGUACACGAGUUUGCAAAUUGUCUUCUUUACAAAUGGUAUGAAGAUUCCUCAGAAGCAAGAUCCCCUUCCAGAAUUAAAAUGGUGGGAUUCUGGCAUCAUAUACCAAGUUUAUCCAAGAUCUCAUCAAGAUUCGAAUGGCGAUGGCAUCGGGGACUUGGCCGGAAUCCAGUCUCGAUUGGAUCACUUUGUCGAAUUGGGAAUCCAAGCGGUCUGGAUUUCUCCAAUAUAUCAAAGUCCAAUGGCAGAUUUUGGCUAUGAUAUUUCUAAUUUCACCGACAUUGCGCCGGUUUUUGGAACUUUGGACGAUUUCAGGAAUCUCUCCGACGCCAUGAAAGAGCGAAAUAUCAAAUUGGUCAUGGAUUUCGUCCCUAAUCAUUCCAGCGAUGAACACGUAUGGUUCAAUCGUUCCGUCAAUCGCAUCGAACCUUACACGGACUACUACGUUUGGAAAGAUGCCAAAGGGUUUGAGAUUGAUGGGACUCCCAUUCCACCAAAUAAUUGGGUCAGCGUAUUCGGAGGCUCCAUGUGGACCUGGAACGAUAUCCGCCAACAAUUCUACCUUCAUCAGUUCGUAGCAAAGCAGCCCGACCUGAACUAUGAAAACCCAAAAGUUCUGACCGAAAUCCUUGCCGCGAUCAAGUUCUGGUUGGACAUGGGAGUCGACGGCUUCCGCGUAGAUGCUGUCCCCCACAUGUUCGAGGAUCAACGUUAUCUCGACGAACCUGCCGAUCCCAACGCACCAGAAGGCUCCCUCCCCGAUGAGUAUCGAUACUAUCUCCAUCCAUACACCUACAAUCUUCCCAAAGUGCUCGACGCCCUGGCCGAGAUACGACAACUGAUCGACAUUUACACUGCUUUCGAUGGGAAAGAUCGGUGCAUGAUGGUCGAAGCCACCAUCCCCAAUUUGGACGACUUAUUCCUCUAUUAUGGCACCGAAUCUCGACCAAUUGCCCACUUUCCCUUCAACUUUGAGUUCAUCAACAGGAUCAAGCCUGGUUUUAACGGGACCGACAUCUUAUCCAUGGUGGACGAAUGGUUUCAGAAAAUGCCUCCCGGGGCGACAGCCAAUUGGCUCGUCGGAAAUCAUGAUAACCAUCGCGUUUCGAAAAGAUUCGGUGAUUAUAUCGUUGAUCCAUUGAACAUGUUGAUCCAUCUUCUCCCGGGCUCAUCGGUGACCUAUUACGGGGAGGAGAUUGGAAUGCAGGACACUUGGAUUAGUUGGGUUGAUACGGUCGAUCCAGCCGGAUGUAAUGCGGGCGAGGAUAGGUACGAAUUAUUCUCCAGAGAUCCAGAAAGGACGCCGAUGCAGUGGGAUGCCACGAAGAGUGCGGGAUUCUCCACGGCGGACAGGACAUGGCUUCCAAUUCAUUAUAAUUACACCAUUUUAAACGUGGCAGCACAAUCUGGGAGUGACGAGAGCCACUUGGAAAUUUAUAAAAAAGUUGAACUUUUAAGAAGGUCAAAUGCCUUCAAGUUUGGCUCGUUAGAGACCAAAGCGCCCAAUGAUGGAGCUGUUUUUGCAUUCUCGAGAAUCUACAAUUCCACCGGAUUCAUAAUGCUUGCAAAUUUUGGAGAUGCACAGGAAACUGUGAAUGCCAGUUUGGAAUUUGAAGAUAUUCCAGCAAUCGCCAGAGUGUAUACCAGAUCGCAAGGAUUUGUUCCUGAGGGGACGUUUGUUGGAUCGAGCAUCAACACUAACGAAAUCGUGAUCGGAGCGAGACACAGUUUGAUCGUGGAAUUUUAAUCCUGUUUUAUUAUUGAAUUGUAACAUAAAUCCGAUAAAACCCCGGAUAAAUUCUUAAAUGCAAACUAUUACGUAAACCA